AUGAAUAAGCUCAUGUUCUUUAUUCUCUCGGUGUGCAGCCUCAUCACUCACACAGUCUGUUUUGCAACCUGGCCCUCCUCGGUCGAUGAGCUCGAGGAUAUCAAAUACCUCAACGAUGGUUACAACUCUCGAGGGUUUGCAUUCGCGGUCACACCAUGUACAUUCGCCCGCGCCCCUGGGAGAUCUAUUGCGGGUGGGUUUCUCCGUACUGCAUUCCAUGAUAUGGCUCCGGCCAAUGUGGCGUCUGGCGCCGGAGGCGUGGAUGGAUCUAUCGGAUUUGAACUUCAGGGACAGUAUGCAUCAUCCAACGGUGGACCGGCAUUCAAUAACACUAUCACCUACUAUUCUCGUUUCUUCAACGCGCAGGCAUCCAUCUCUGACCUCAUUGCGCUUGGUGUCUACACAGCCGUUCGGGGCUGCGGUGGACCCGUGGUCAGCACAAGAUCUGGACGCAUUGAUGCCACUCAAGCGGGCGCGCUAGGUGUACCAGAUGUCCGUGACCCCGGGCCAGCUCUUCAGGCGCACUUUAUUCGAAUGGGUCUCACACAGCCAGAGUCUAUCUCGAUAGUAGCCUGCGGACACAGCCUUGGAGGAGUUCAUUCAACCGAGUUUCCAGCCAUCGUCCCAACCAAUUCUACACGCCUCGGUGUCGCAGAUUUCGACUCGACCAAUGCCACCUACGACAACAAGAUCGUCACCGAAUACCUUUCCGGCAGCACCAAGAACCCCCUCGUCGUCGGCCCCGACCCGUCUGCACGUUCGGAUCUACACCUGUUCAAUUCCGACAACAAUGCAACCAUAUCUACCUUGCAGGACCCGGUUGCCUACAGGUCAACAUGUGCGAAGGUGUUGCAGAAGAUGAUAGACACAGUCCCUGCUGGAGUUAAGCUCACAGAUCCUAUUGAAGUCUAUCCAGUCAAGCCAUCGGCCCUUCAAUUAAACGUUCUGUCAGCAGGGGACAAGCUGUCCUUCAGUGGCCAGGUUCGUGUUAGGAUCAACGACAUGCCCAAGGCCACAAUAUCCAAGGUUGAGAUAGAAUACAAGGACAGAGAUGGAAGUAAAUCUGGGACGAUCGUGGCAACACCCCUGGGCGAUGCUUCGGGAUUCGAUGACUCAUUCACAUUCUAUGGCUUUGAGUCCGAAAUCUCCGCGAAAACAGCUAUAUCAGGGUUCAACGUGCUCGUGACCCUCACCUCCGGCACGGUCAAGACCUUCGACAACAACGGCAAAGGCUUCCCAGUGUCUGAUAAGAUCUUCCCUCAGGUUAUCAAUUCAAGCUUGAGUGCCCCCAGUGGAACAGGUGUCCAAAAGCUCAACAUCAUUGCCGCCGUCCGAAACGGUCAGUCACCGAACGACCUGAAACUCACGAUCGGUACGAUCAACCCCAUGAGCUACAACAACCUCCCCACGAUUUCCAAGAGCUCAGUCACGCUGGUCAAGAGCUGCGAGUCAAAAUACUACACCUUCUACUCUGCCAGCGCGGAUGCCUUCACCAACCAAGUCAACGGAACCAAGUACGACGUGAGCUUUACCUCUGGCGGCACGACCUACUUGGACAGCUUCAACCCCAUCAACGACUUGCCGAGGACCGCGAAUGCGCCUAGCUGCAACGGCGGCGGUGGCGGCGGCGACGACGGUGGGCGGACAUCGACCACAUCGCAAAGCACCAAGGCCGCGACCACGUCUGCUGCAAGGUCUUCAACCAGCGAUUCGACGUCAUAUACUACCACCGUGGUGACGCGGUACACAACGUUCUGCCCGUUCCCCACACAGUUCACGCACGGCACCAAGACGUUUACCGUGACCGAGGCCACCACAUUGACCAUCACAGAUUGUCCUUGCACCAUUCGCAUGCCGUGGACCUCAGCCUCCACCACGGCGACGGCGACCGCAACCGCGACCGCUUCUGCCACUCUAGUUGCCACCACAAUCGCCAACGUCAACCCAACCAGCAUCCCCGACUCCCACAACGGCCAACCCGUCGCCCCGUCGUCAACCACUCCCCCAGGCGGCUCCAGAACGACGACGAAACCCGCCGUCGUCGCCACGUUCACAGGCGCUGCCACCGAGGCCAAGAAAGCGGACCUCCUCUUUGUCGCCGCGGCCGGUGCAAUCGCUUAUCUGAUGUAA